GGCUCGACAGCGGGCACCGCGUCAUCUGGCAAGGCAGUGGGCUCCGAGUCAACAGGCACGACAGUGAGCACCGGGGCAUCAGGUACCGGAUUGUCUGGCUCGACAGCGGGCAUCGGGUCACCAGGUAUGACAGCGGGCACUGGGUCACCAGGCAUCAGGUCAUUUGGCUUGUCAGCGGGCACCGCGUCAUCUGGCAAGGCAGUGGGCUCCGAGUCAACUGGUUAUGACCGCGGGCACUGGGUCAGACAUUGGAUCGUCUGACUGGACAGCGGGCACUGGGUCACCAGGCAUCAGGUCAUUUGGCUCGACAGCGGGCACCGCGUCAUCUGGCAAGGCAGUGGGCUCCGAGUCAACAGGCACGACAGUGAGCACCGGGGCAUCAGGUACCGGAUUGUCUGGCUCGACAGCGGGCAUCGGGUCACCAGGCAUCAGGUCAUUUGGCUUGCCAGCGGGCACCGCGUCAUCUGGCAAGGCAGUGGGCACCGGGUCACCACAGGUAUGACAGCGGGCUCUGAGUCAAUUGGCACGACAGCGGGCACUGGACCAGGUACCGGAUCAUCUGGAUCAACAGCGGGCAUCGAGUCAACUGGC